AUGAGUAGUGUUCAAUUUGUCAAUUCCAAAGCUGAAGUUCUUCGUAAAUAUUAGGCCUUGGCAAUGAAUAUAAAUGCAGCAGCUGGCUUAAUGGAAGUGAUGAAAUCAAAUCUAGGACCAAAAGGAACCCUAAAAAUGUUAGUGGGAGGUGCUGGAUAAAUAAAACUUACAAAGGAUGGUGCUGUUCUGUUAUCAGAAAUGCAAAUUCAACAUCCUACAGCAGCUAUGAUUGCCAGAAGUGCAACUGCUUAGGAUGAUAUAAUUGGAGAUGGUACAACAAGUAAUGUUCUUUUGAUUGGCGCAUUGAUGAAAUAAGCAGAAAGAUUAUUAGCUGAGGGAAUUCAUCCAAGAGUAAUUACUGAAGGAUUUGAAUUGGCUAGAAAGGAAGCUUUAUCAUUUUUGGACACUUUCAAGUAUUAAUAAAUUGAUAAGGCUGUAUUAAUAAAUGUGGCUAGAACUUCAUUAAUUAGUAAAUUAACUCCAGACGUUGCUAAUCAAAUAAUUGAAAUCGUUGUUGAUGCAGUCUAAAAUAGUUCAAGUACCAGAGAAGCCAAUAGAUUUAUUUAUGGUUGA